GGCCGCCCGCCGCGGCUGCCGCGGCCUUCCUGCCCGGCCCGUGCGCCCGUCUGCGCGCCCCUCUCCGCGCCGCCCCGGAGCCGCGAGCCCCCAGCGCCCCGGACGUGCCUGCGCCUGCGGCCGCCCGCGCCUCCGCUGCGGCCGGUCCGGCGGCCUCCACCUUCUCGGCCGAGCCGGCUGCCCCCGGCCCCGUCCCGCGGCUGCUCGCGGCGUCGGUUGCCGAGCUUGACUGCUCCCGGAGGAGACUGGGUUUUUUCCUAUUUCUUUUUCCUUUUAGGAUUUGAAAGAGAGAAAAGAACGCACAGCAGGCUGGGACGGUGAAGCGCCACCAGCUGGCCCCACGUGGACACCUCUGCGGGGAAAGGGAGUUGGAAGCGAGCUUGGUCCAGCUGGCCUCGAGGCCUCAACUUCUGCCGGACCUGGGUCAUGACUGUCACGCCGGGCCGGUGGAAGGCUUUACCUGUCCCCGGCUGGACUUGACCGCUGCCCUUCAGCGGCCGACGCUCCCCCCCCCCCACACACUCCCCCGACACCUCGCUAGGCUCUGACGCCCGUCCGCGACAUGGAUAAGUACGGCGACCUGGGCCUGGAGGCCAGUAAAUUCAUUGAGGACCUGAACAUGUACGAGGCCUCCAAGGAUGGACUCUUCCGAGUGGACAAGGGGGCAGGCAACAAUCCCGAGUUUGAGGAAACACGCCGGGUGUUUGCCACCAAAAUGGCCAAAAUCCACCUCCAGCAGCAACAACAGCUCUUGCAGGACGAGACCCUGCCCAGGGGGAGCCGAGGCCCGGUCAACGGUGGCAGCCCCCCGGGCCCAGAGGCCCGCCGGGAAGCCGGUGUGAGCAGCAAGCUGACCGUGGAUGGUGCAGCCAAGCCCCCUCUAGCUGCCUCGACAGCGGGUCCUGGGACAGCCACCUGCCUGGCCCCCGGGCAACCGUUGUACCCACCCCAGGAGCAGAGGGCCAGGCCCUUUGCCCGCAGCGCGAGCCACGGCAGCCAGGACUGUGGCCCCAAGGAGAGCCUGGCAAGCUGGGAGAUGUCUGCCUUCCGCCAGGUGGGCCCCUGCGAGGAUCCUUCCUGCCUCACGCACGGAGACUAUUACGACAACCUCUCCUUGGCAAGCCCAAAGUGGGCUGACGAACCAGGAGUGUCCCCCAGCGUCAGGCCGGGCGCAGGGAGUGGGUGGCCUGGCACCCCAGGGACUGACACACCACUGCCCAAACCCUCCAGGGACCACCCCCUGUACCAGCCUCAGCUCUCCCCGAGCUCCAGCAAGUCAUUUGAGACCGGCCAGGAGGGUGGUGGUGGUGACCGUGGUGAUGAGAAGCCAGCUGGGCUUUGGACUACCGCCUCCUCCCAGAGGGUGAGCCCUGGCCUCUCUUCCCCAGGCCCGGAAAACGGGGCCCUCCUGGGGCCGCCUCAGCCCAGGCCCCCCUCUUUCUUAGCACCCUUGGCCCAGAGCUGCCCCAGCCAAGGAGCUCUUCCAAGAACAAACUCGGGGGUGGGGAGUGAGGCUUCAGGCACGAUGCCCAAACCCAUGGUGGACCCUCAACCCUGGUUCCAAGACGGACCCAAAUCUUACCUUUCUAGUUCUGCCUCAUCAUCCUCACCAGCCAGCAUGGACAGUUUGCAGCUGGGUGCGGCCCCUGGGCUGGGUCCUAAGCCAGUCUGCACAGACCCUGGCAUUGGUCCCAAGCUCAGCCCCACCAGCCUUGUCCAUCCAGUGAUGUCCACUCCGCCUGAGUUGUCUUGUAAAGGUCCCCCAGGCUGGUCGUCAGAUGGCAGCCUGGGGCCUGGGCUCCCGGAGAGCCCCAGCCCCCCCAGGGUGAGGCUGCCCUGCCAGACCCUCCUCCCAGGCCCUGAGCUUGGGCCCUCAGCCGCCGAAUUGAAAUUAGAAGCCCUCACCCAACGUCUGGAGCGUGAAAUGGAUGCGCACCCGAAGGCCGAUUACUUUGGAGCCUGUGUGAAAUGCAGCAAAGGGGUGUUUGGGGCCGGCCAGGCCUGCCAGGCCAUGGGGAAUCUCUACCACGACGCAUGCUUCACCUGUGCGGCUUGUGGCCGGAAGCUGAGAGGAAAAGCCUUUUAUUUUGUCAACGGCAAAGUGUUUUGUGAGGAAGACUUCCUGACUCCAGCUGUGCCUGUGUGUGCGCGCGUGUGCGUGUGUGUUUCGUACUCUGGGUUCCAGCAGUCUGCUGACAGGUGUUUUCUUUGUGGACAUCUGAUCAUGGACAUGAUCCUGCAGGCCCUCGGGAAGUCCUAUCACCCCGGCUGCUUCCGCUGUGUCAUCUGCAACGAGUGUUUGGACGGGGUGCCCUUCACCGUGGACUCCGAGAACAAGAUCUACUGUGUCCGAGAUUACCACAAGGUGCUGGCCCCCAAGUGUGCAGCCUGUGGGCUUCCCAUCCUUCCACCUGAGGGCUCAGAUGAGACCAUCCGUGUCGUGUCCAUGGACAGAGACUACCAUGUGGAGUGCUACCACUGUGAGGACUGUGGUCUGGAGCUCAAUGAUGAAGACGGUCACCGCUGCUACCCCCUGGAGGACCACCUGUUCUGUCACUCCUGCCAUGUCAAGAGACUGGAGCAAAGCCCCUCGUCUGCAGCUCUUCACCAGCACCGCUUCUAGCCGGAGCCGCUCCCAGGCGUCCCGUGGGAGAUGACAAGACAUCUGCCUGUUAGUUCCAGCGGCCCCCGGGGCGGAGCCGGGGGGGGGUGGAGGGGAGAGGGGUUAGGCAGGUAAGUUUCUGCAUAUACGCCUGGGGUGCCUUUCCUUGAACCAGGGAGCUGAGCCCUACCUGUGUGGCAUGUGUAUUUUCCAAGUGCCUUUCUGCACCGCCACGCCCUGUCACAUUACUCAGGAAGACACUCCAGCCAUGUGUGGCAUGUGAUAGGGGAUCGCAUCCGUGCAGCCGAAGGCACUCUCCAGCCCCUCUCGGAUGGAAAGGGUCGCAGUGAGCAUGUUUCACAAUAUCCUCUGAAGACAGAUCUCAGCUGCCGAUCCAUGCAGCCCUCCCCUGUCCCUUGGGAAAAUUCCCACCUCCAGACGCUAUCCGCCCCCCCCCCCCGCAUGCACGUACACAACAUGAUUUAAGACUGCAUCCAGACACGUGCGUGCGCACACACACACACACACAGCAUUAUUUAAGACUUCCUGCCACCCCAGAGACUCAGUUCUUCUUUCGAAUAGUUGCACAUUUUCAUUGCAUUAUGGCAAGAGGGAAGCUCUCGCGGGUGCUAUCUUAGGAAGAAUUUGCUUACUAAACCAGAGCCAAGUUUUGAAAUGAGUGAGCCAGGCAGGGUUUCCUCCUGGUACACUGACCGCGUUUUGUGUGCCCCUGCAAAUCUUCACUCCCUUAACGGCAGCUGGGAGCCCGAUGGAGAUUUGCCCUGUUCCAGCAAAGUGUGCUUUGGGCCGAGGGCUUGGUGCAGGCCCCAGGCCCCCUUUGCCCAGCUGUUUACACUGUUUCUCUCCGGAGCUCUCGAGAGUCUGCGACUCCGGAGUCACUCCCACAAAGGCAAGUCUCAGGAUCCCACGUGGGGACAUCUCUGUGCCUGUUUUAGCUUCUUUAAUGAACCACGGGGUUUGGGCCGUCCUGCCCACCUGCUGAGAGCUAGCCCCUUUCUCCACGGGGGGGAGAGAGAGAGAGAGAGAGAGAGAGAGAGUGUGUGUGUGUGUGUGUGUGUGUGUGUGAUCUCUAAGCAGCACAGGAGGGGGUGCUUCUGGAUAGAUGAGUGUUUUCACCUCGCACGGCUCUCCCUCACCCAAUUCUGGGCACAGGCAGUGACGUGGGAAGAGACCCGUAUAAGGUACACUGCUCUUGUCUGGGUUUUCUUCUUGUUUUUAAUCGUCCUCCCCCGUUCUCAGUCUUCCACACACACAAAAUACCUCACAGAUAAGAGCUUCGCCAAACCGCAGAUGAGGCAUUUGGCCAUUGCACUGACCUCCCAGGCCUCCGUCGGGGCGUGCGGAGUCUCUGCCUCCACGCGGGCCAGACAGCAGCCGCUCCGGGCUCGGGCUGCCAGUGGGUCGGAGGGCACGUGGGUGUUACUGCCCUGAUGCAGUUCAUCAGGCAGGUCCCCCCGGGGUGGGAGGGCCACGCACCGGCCGGAGUUCAAGGCCGCCUAUGCACUCAGGAAGCACGGUUGGCCCAGCCUGUCACACACUCCCGAGGCCGGACGUCCGUAUCCCUGGUAUUCCAAUGAAAAGAUGGUGUAACAGAAAAAUAAAGAAGAAGGCUGGCUGGCAUUUGCCCUCUCAGCCCGUGGGGAGGGCCCGCCGGAGGGCAGGGGCCGGCCUGGGAGUAUGGCACUGGUGUCGGCUGUCCGCCUCGUCACCUCACCCCCAGGGCAGCGGGGGGCCACGGAGGGUGGGCGGGGGGGCGGAGCCCAAGGCACGUGGGACUCGCAGACUUGUCAGUGGGCCCGGCUCCCGACUCGAGGCCGCGCUUUGAUUCAUUGGGUAGCAGCUGCUCUAAGAUGUACAGAAUUGGCCCCGAGAGUUGUCUCCUGUUGUUACAUUCACACUGUUAGACGGCCAGAUGUCAUUUCAGCCCAGGCUAUGGGCUUUCGUCGAUUCCAUGGCACAGGCCAAGCUUCCAGAAGCCCGUGGAUACGUGCGGCCGGGGGAGUGAACCCUGGGGCUGAACCCCUCUCUUCCCGGAGUCCCCAGCUCGGCUCUGGCAAGGCUGGCCGGGACGGGGCGGGGGGGGGGUGUCUUCACUUGGCUUUGCCAACCGAGAAACGUUUCUGGCCUUGCUGACCCACCUUUGCUGCCCUUGCGAGUCCAGCAAAAGUGCAGAAAAUUGCCCGAGAGCAACUGUCAGAAACGGAUUUGUUUGCAAAUUGGGCAACUAGUUUUUUAAAAAAUCUGUGAUUAAUUUUUUAAAUGAUAUGUUUUAAGUGGCCUUGAUGGAGGUGAUUCAGAUAAUCUGCAAAUACGGUGUUUUCUACUGUUGAGGAAAGAACAAUAAGAGACUUUCCAGAAGCCCAAGAAAUCGGGGCGGCGAGUUGUAGGAAUCUCGCGCCAGUUCUGUUUCUCAGGCUCUGGCGCUAAAGUCACAAGGGAGAUGGGUCACCUGCGUGGUAUCUUAGACAUUCUGUAAGCUGUUAGCCAAACAGAAUUGUAAUGGGGUUGUAUUUAUAGGCACCUAGAAAGGAGACACAAGGACCCGGUAGACCAGGAGGAAUUCGUUUCUUUUAAAAGGUAGAGCGGAUAGCCCUUCCUGAGUUCCCUAGAUAGCUCUUGGACUUAGAUAAACAAGGAGAAUUAAGGUCUGAUGGCAGACCCCAAGGCCAGCCUCCAGUCUUCCCCCCUACCCCGCCUCAUUUGGCCCAUAGUUUUUCCCUCCCCCCAGCGAGGACUAUUCAAAAGCUGCCAGGGGGGGUCUGAGGAAAGCCAAUGACCUGGUUUGGCCUGCCCUUCUCUCUCUGAUGUUCUCCCACCUGCGGCUGGGGAAAGAGUGACGUGGUCACCUCUCACCGUGGGAGGGCAUUACGCCCUGUCUGGGUCAUUGCCCGUACAUGGCAACAGGACUUCCCACUUCUCCGUGGUCAGUGCUCGAGUGAGAGCCUCUUUCGGCCGAGUCCACUGAGGUGGAGCCACCAACCACGUGUGCAGGACUUGACCCCACACCAGCCUUGUUGCAGGACGCACUCGUUGCAACGCUGUCUGCCAGGAAACCCAAGUUCUUUGUAGUCUCCUCCGUGCCAGGAAUCAGUUCUCAUUUCCAGGUUAUUUGAAGUCAGUCUUAAAAGGAGUAGAAUACAAUGAGUAAAAUAUAUUAGCUAUCGUUCUGAGCCGGAACUGGACAGAUGUGGGAAAUUUCUGUAUAGUGUGUGAAAAUUUCACCGUGCAGGGAAAUUAUUUUUCUCUGUAUCUCUUCUUUUCCUAUAAAAAUUAUUCAAAAUUGUACUGUUACUAUAAAUUCUUCCAGCUAUUGUUACUACAGAAUUACUCAGAAUUGUACUGUUGCUAUAAGAUUAUUCAAAAUAUCAUGCCAAUAAACUGCAUCAAUUUGUAGACGAUUAAAGUGCUCUCCAACACAA